AUGCUAUAUAAACAGUUUCUGAUUUUACUCACAUCCUUGUUGUGUCUAUUCAUAACUCCUGCCUAUGCUAGAAGAAAAUUAUCGGCAUCUUCAUUAGUCACAUGUAUGGAUAAUUCGCAAAUCUCACCACAAACUUUCAAUGUCACUUUUGACCCUGAUGACCGGUCUUUACGAUAUACUUUGGAUUUAAAUACCGAAAUCAGUGGUAAAGUACUUGCUCAUGUCCAAGUUUAUGCUUAUGGGUUUUUAAUUAUCGAGAAGGAUGUCAAUUUAUGUGAUAUUGGUUGGAAACAAUUUUGUCCUCUUUAUCCAGGACAAAUUAAAGUUGAUUCAAUCCAAUAUAUUAGUUCAACAUAUACCAAGGAAAUACCCGGUAUUGCUUACCAGGUGCCUGAUAUAGAUGCCGUGGUUAAAGUUGUUGUUCGUGAUCAGUCUAGUGGUGACGUAGUAUCAUGUCUUCAGGCAAGUUUCACCAAUGGUAAAACAGUUAGUCAAACUGGUGUUAAAUGGGCCACUGCUGUCGUUGCCGGUUUAGGUCUUUUGAUUGCCGCCAUGUUGUCAACAUUUGGAAAUUCCAAUGCCGCAUCGCAUAUUGCUGCUAAUGCCGUUUCGCUUUUCCUUUACUUUCAAAGUGUUGUUGUGGUGUCUAUGCAAGCAGUUGAAAGAGUGCCACCAAUUGCUAGUUCAUGGGCCGAAAAUCUUGCUUGGUCAAUGGGAUUGAUUCGCAUCAAAUUUAUGCAACAGAUUUUCAGAUGGUAUGUUCAACUGACUGGUGGUACGCCCACCACUUAUUUUAUUGGAGAAACAGAACAAAUCUUGGUGCAAAAGAGUAAACGUUCGUUAGACUAUGAGUCUUUCUACUUGGGUAAAAAAGUGGUUGAUUUCGCCAAACGAGGAUUGGAUUAUUCAUUACAUUCAAAUACCUAUUUAAUUGUUUUACGUGGUAUUAGAAGAAUUGGUUAUAACAGUCACAUUGAAACAACUUCCAUUGUUCCUACUGGAUACACCUGGUUUGUGUUGAUUGGAUAUUUACUCGUGGCUUUAUUGGUAUUUUCCAAAUCCAUUGUCAUUUUAUUAACUAGAACUGGCAAACUCAAUCCUCGCAGCUUUUCCAUGUUUAGAGGUAGUUUCGGAAGUGUGGUUAAAGGUUCGCUAUUGAGAUAUAUUUGGAUUGGAUCAACUCAAUUGACGAUUUUUUCAUUAUGGGAGUUUACUAGAGUUGAUUCUGGUGCUGUUGUUGUAUUGGCAGUAUUGUUUCUCCUUUUGAUGCUUAUUGUAUUUGGUUGGAGUUUUUACAAUGUAUUACGCAUUGGACAAUUAUCGCGUCGCAAGUUUAAUAACCCUGCUGCUUUAUUAUAUGGUGAACAAAAGACGUUGGAGAAGUACGGGUUCUGUUAUACAAUGUUUCAUGCUGAUUUAUACUGGUUUGGAAUUGUUUUACUCGGAUACAAUGUAUUCAAGGGGGUAUUUAUUGCCUUUUGUCAAGAGUCCGUUGGUGGUAAAGUUUCCGUUUGGCCUAUUUUCCUUGCUGACUUGGCAUACACGAUUGUAUUGUUUUGGCUUUCACCAUUUUUAAACAAGCCCACCAAUAUUUUGAAUUAUAUGAUUGCGAUUGUUACCACCAUUAAUUCAUUUUUGUUUUUGUUCUUUUCCGACAUUUUUGGCCAACCAGCACAAGUUGCUUCAAUUAUGGGAUGGGUGUUUUUCAUUCUCAAUGCAGCAUUUUCGUUUGUGUUGUUGAUUUUCAUUAUUGCUCUUUCGUUGUUUUCAGUCAUGAGUAAGAACCCCGAUGCUAGAUUUGCUCCUGCCAAGGAUGAUCGUUUUUCAUUCCAAAGAAAGUCGUCAAUCAAGAACAAGAAUGGUCGUCAAGCAGCUUAUCUUGAUGAAAAGAAUGGUAAUGUUGGAGGCAAUGAAUUGGCCGCAUUGGGUAUUGCUGCUCAAGAUCAUUCUGCUGAUUGGGAAUCACAGAUGUACAAGUUGAAUGAUGUAUCUAGAGACGAGGAGGCAUCUUCUUCCACACCUGAUCAUAUUAGACCAAACAAUAACAGGUUUAACAACAGUGAUGAUAUAAUUGAAUCCGAGUCGGUUUACUCUGAAGGACCGGUAGGCACCACAGACAAGACAGGCGCAACAGGUGGGUCUGGAGGUGGAGGUGGAGCAACAUCAACUUUUGGUGAAUGGAAGAAUAAAUUUGCUAGGAGAUUGUCAAAGAGAAAGGGCACCGCAAACAAGCAUAACAGUGGUAGCAGUGAUGAAGGUAACAUGACCAGAAUUAGUGAUACAUUACACUAUGAUCAUUACGACGACGAGGACGAAGAUGCUUCAAACGAGAAGCUAAAUUCAACAACAAAUACUCACCAACAACAACUCGACAGACCAACUCCUCAAUAUGGUGCUGAUGAGGAUGCCAAUGGACAUGCACGUACUGGAAGCACAACUUCUAAUUUGGUCAGAUCAAAUCCUACCAAUACCAUGAAUAUUCUUUAG